AUGUGGGGUCUCUGGAGUGGUGCUGAAGGGACAAAGUCCGUCUCAAAUAAGUUAGAAAAACAAGUAAAGGAAGCUGGAGAAACUACUUUAUCACCAAAUCCAACUACAUGUGCCUCCAGAAACUCAACCUGCGAAUGCCCUUCAAAUAUAGCAAGCAACGGAGCAAUUAUUGGUGACCAUCAUGAAAUAGUCUACCCAAGUACUGAGAGAGAAAAAACACUCUAUCAGGAAUAUAGCCAAAAAAUGCAAGAAGCUUUGAACUCUUUUCUGAGCGUACUUGAAGACUUUAAUACAGCACAGGAGAGUGAGUCUAACUUUAAGGCUCUUGGGAGUUGCCAGAAAACUGGUCAGGUUCAUGUAAACUUGGGUAACAUGGGUGACGCCUUGUGUAGUAGGUUUGACUCUGUUUCAUCUUCAUCCUCUCCCACCUCUAAGCCAAAUGAUGGGUUGUCUACUUAUGUUGCGAAGUGUUCAUUUGGGACAUCUCUCACACCAAAAAAUAUUUUUGACUUUAUUGUUAAUAUUGAGAACAAACCUUUGUAUGAUAAUACUUGCGCAGAAUCAUCUGUUAUAUACUAUUUGGGUCAUCUGGCAUUGGCUAAACAGUGUUAUAGAGGAAUGAUGGGGGUUCAGGGAAGGGAGUUUUUGAUCAUGGGGAGAAACUUCAUUCUUAGUGAUAACUGUUAUGUUCUAGUUGCCUCUUCUGUUUCAGAUACUAAAAAUCUCACUGAAUCUGGAGAAGAGAUUCCAGUUACGGAGUCUUAUGUAAGAGGCGAAAUCAAGUUUGUGGGAUUUUUAAUCCGUCAAUUUAAAGGUGAGACUGAGUUGUUUUUUGCUCAAAAAAUGGACCUUGGUGGAGCUGUCCCGCUAAUGCUACAACGAAUUGUCUUAGCCACCCAACUUCAAAGUUUGAAUGCUUUGAAAAAGCAUUUAUUGGAUAACUUUGACAUGUACUUUUCACAGGAGGUGGAGGAAGAAGUUCCAGCAGACUCCUCUACAAAAGAGGUAGAUAAAUAA